ACGUCUUUUCUCCGUUCUUCCCUUCUCCAGCCGCCAUCACGCGCAGGAGAGGCCGCCCAGGUCACACCCUGGCUGCUCCGCGGUUUUGUGUUGCGGCGGGGCUUUUAGUCAAGGGCGGGGCAGAGGUUUAGCCAUGCGGGAUUAGGGAUUCUUUCUCCCUCCCACCCCCGUACUUGGGAAUCAGCAUUCUCACACAAAACAAAGUCUGUGGAGGAAACAUAAAGGGCCUGGUUUCAAGAGAUUAUGUCCGAAGUUUCAAAUAAAGACAAGCAGCAAGUAGAAGAAUUAACCAGUGAUUGUUCUUCGGAUGAGGAUCCCUUUGACCCAUGUUUAACAGAAGAGCUUGAACAGUGUGCAUUUUUAACAGAUUCCUUUUGUGAUCACAUUUUGCCACGAACCACACAGAUUUUACUGGAAUAUAACUCAGGACGAUGGGUGCCAAGGCUUCGUGAACCUCGGGAUCUAUAUGGGCUGUCUCCUGCAGGGCACCUGCACCUAGUACGCUGGCCCCACCAAUAUGAAGUUAUCAGAAAGAAGAUAGAGCAUAUUGACUGGACUCCCAAUGAACCAGAACCAUUAUAUAACCCAACAGGUCUGGAAAUUGAGCCACUCUGUCUGGAACCUGAAGGGGGUGCUGUUGUCUAUCUAGCAGAUGAAGCUAACAAGGAUUCCAGCUUUAUGUAUUCCCGAAUUGGAGGGAGAUUUCCUUCCAAGCAAGUGCUCCCUCAAUCAUUGGAAGACUGGGACAAUACUUUAAUUUUUGAAGCACGGUUUGAAAGUGGGAAUCUGCAAAAGGUAGUCAAAAUCAGUGAUUUUGAGUACCAGCUGACAUUACGUACUGAUCUAUACACAAACAAGCACACUCAGUGGUACUACUUCCAGGUUACCAAUACCCAAGCAGGAAUGCCCUAUCGUUUUACAAUUGUCAACUUCACCAAACCAACAAGCUUGUAUAAUCAUGGUAUGCGCCCAUUGCUGUAUUCGGAGGCAGAAGCAAAGAACCACAAUGUAGGGUGGCAGAGGACAGGUGAUGGAAUCAAGUAUUACAGAAAUAAUCUUGGUCAGGAUGGACGCCAGUUUUUUUCCCUCACUUGGACAUUCCAGUUCCCUCAUGACAGGGAUACCUGCUACUUUGCCCAUUGCUAUCCUUAUACUUACAGCAACCUGCAAGACUAUCUGUCAGCUAUUGCCAGAGACCCGAAGAAAUCCAGGUUCUGCAAGAUCCGCAUCUUAUGCCAGUCCCUAGCUAGAAACAUUGUCUAUGUUUUAACCAUCACCAAUCCUCUGCAAGACUUUCAGGAGGAAAAACGCAAGGCAGCUGUGAUUUUGACAGCCAGAGUUCACCCAGGCGAAACAAACAGCUCCUGGAUGAUGAAAGGCUUUCUGGAUUAUAUCCUGGGGGAUUCAGACAAUGCCCAGUUGCUCCGGGACACCUUUGUGUUCAAAGUAGUGCCGAUGUUAAAUCCUGAUGGUGUCAUUGUGGGCAAUUACCGCUGCUCUUUAGCAGGUAGGGAUCUGAAUCGAACCUACAGAUCCGAUCUCAAGGAAUCUUUCCCUCCCGUUUGGUAUACCCGGACCAUGAUCAAAAGAAUAAUGGAAGAACGUGAUGUUCUCCUGUAUUGUGACCUUCACGGUCAUAGCAGGAAAGAGAAUGUCUUCAUGUAUGGCUGUGAAAAAAGGGAGCAUCAAGAAGAAGGGACAGUCUUGCACCAGCGCAUUUUUCCUUUCCUAAUGAGCAAAAAUUGUCCAAAUAAAUUUUCAUUCCCAGAUUGUAGUUUCAAAAUACAGAAAAGCAAAGAAGGAACAGGUCGAGUAGUAAUGUGGAAGAUGGGCAUCAGCAAUAGCUAUACCUUGGAAGUUACUUUCUGUGGCUCUAAACUAGAAAACAAUGAUUCCCACUUUAAUACAAAGGAUUUGGAGUCCAUAGGAUACCAUUUUUGUGAUUCGCUGCUACAUUUCUGUGAUGAAAAAAAGGGUAAGUAUAAUGAAUGUCUGAAAGAACUGGAGGAAAGGGUGAAGCAAGAGGAUCCAGUUGCACCUGUGAAUGACCCAUUUGAUAAAGACUCCAGUUCUGACACUUCAGACUCCAACGAGUCUUCAGCUAAAUUAGAAAACCAGGUAAAACCAAGAAAGAAGUGUCUGAAAACAAAGAAGGACAGGAGUUCCUUUCUGGAACCAUCAGGAAAAAGACUGUCUAAACAAUCACAUGAAUUAAUGAGUGAAGCCAAAAAACCUGAAGAUUCUUCUCAAAGAACGACUAAGAACCAAGAACUAAUAAAAAAUGCCCAGGUUUUUCAGAAAUUAAAAGUGAUGGAGCUGCAAAAAAUACAACCAAAAAAGUAUGAAAUUACCCAGCCAUGUAUGGAGGCUUUCCUUAGAACUCCCAGUGCUAACAAGGAAAGCUUUACGCAUUUCUGGGAAUGUGAUAGUGAAGAAUUUGAGAAGCCACACAAAGACAGUGUCUGCCCCAAUUCCUUCCUCAGCAGUCUGAAAGGAAGCUGGAAGAGUUGUUACAAGUCAAAAUACUUAGCAGGGUUUCAGGAAAUAUUUAAGGAAACUGACUCCAUUGUAAAAAAUUCUGUUCCGGAUAAACCAGCUAAAUACACAGUCCAGUAUCUCAGUCAUUAUUUUCCUGAACAUGGGUUAAAUGUUGGGUGGAAUGGCCUAGCCCAACCUUUGAAGCACAUCAUCUCCCAGAGACUUUUCCUGCCUCCUGCCAUCCUUGAUCAGAUGUGCACUGGGCAAAGAAGACAUGGAGCUCUAGCUGGCUGUCGGCUUCCUAGAGUAGAAAAUCUAGGGAGAGAGGCAAGGAAUCAGCGAAGAACCCCUCUCAUUCAUGUGGAGAAUCAUCCUGGCUCUCUGAACCUGACUCAGGCAACAGGAAGACAUCUUGGGACAGCUUGUGUCACUUUGCAGUUGGGAGAAAAAGAACUCCAAAAUAUGGCCUUGGGCCAGGACACAAAUAUUUCUUCUCCUUGUGGCAAACCUACUGCUUGGCGAUUAGAGAAAUAUCAUGGUGGUGGGGCCAUUAAAGAGAAGACAACUUCACUUCCCAAAGGUCUCCUAGACAACUCAAAAAGCAACUCUGAUGGGAAAGAAAGGCAAGUUAAGGAAAAAUCACCUCCCAGAAGUGCCAUGUUUGGAAAAAAAGGAGGAGAAAGCCAUGAAGGAGAUAUCAGAUUCAGCAGAUUCUGUCAUACACAAGAUUUUUUACCUCUCUCCUUGCCUUUUGUAGUACAGACAAAGUACAGACAACCCCCUGAAAAAUAUCAGAGUGAACCACAUUCCAAAUGCUUUGGUCGCUACCGACCACGUCUGGCUACCUUGUCAACUACAAAGGAAGCUAGCAAGACAAUCUUACUGAAGCACUGUGAAGAUGGUGAAACAUCCCAUUCGACAUCUUUACUAAACACCAGACAAAAAAUUCCCCGACAAACCCUUUUGUGCCACAGUGAAAGCAAGUUUUUUUCUAAGAGAAUCAAGAGUGAGUGCCUGAAUCAGAGGUCCCCAACACAAGACCUUUCAUCCACUGAGCGGAUUUCCUUUCAUGCUUAGAAUCUGUGACAAUUUCUGGGUACCAGUUAUGGCAAAGCAUACAGCCACAAGAAUGUAUGCUGAUGGACUAGCAAAGAUCUCUUCAAAGACAUAUGGGUUUGUAAGUGGUGCUCAGACAAUGCAGAAAAGUGUUUUCAGGGCAGAACAGUUACGCCAGAACAGGCUUGCAACACAGGACAGAAAUACACAUAGACAUCAUCUGCGGAGGCUUCUGUGUCAGAUAAAAACAAAUAUGACUGGAUUUCUGCUAAUGUUUUAUUGUUGGCAAAUUUUGUAAGGGAAAAGUCAAAUUUUAAAUUAAGGUUAUGUUGUUUUAACAAAACUGAUAACUGGAGGGGACAGAAUUUGAGAGGUUGGGUUUCUUGGAAUAAGAUGAGGAAAAUCUCUCCUAAUAGGUUCUGAUCCAUUCUGACUCUGAAGGGAGAACCACUGUUAAAUUCUUGGCUUCUCUUAGGAAAGUCACAUAAGUUCUAACUAGACAUGACUGGCUUAUUUGAGUAUAAAGUGAGAGUGAGAAUAGUCUGUGUUUUAUGCAGGAAAGAGUGUCCAGUACCCUCACUUUACCCCACCAUAUUCUACUGCUUGAAGUCUUUCCAUCUCAACCCAUUUCAGCCCCAUCGGUGGAACUGAACUGGACCAGGGGGAAAGUUGCUUCUACCAAUAUAGCACAACAAGGUGAGGUGGAGAGAGGGGGAUUGUUCAGUUUACUCUCCCAUAAGUUAUUUUCACACAAAAACAAAAUAAGCUACACCAACACUUUAAAGAUGAACAGAACUCACAUGUAUCUACUCUUAUGAUAUGUAGUUGGGCCCUUAGACAAAUGUAUAGAAUGGAUCAAAUAAGUUGGUAAAGGUGAAAAUCAGAAUGUGUGGUUUUUACAAAUCUGAAAGACAAGUAAAACAAAUACCUUCCGAGAUCCAAGUUUGCCAUAAGCUUGGUUGUGCUGUUACAUAGCAUGUCAGAUUAUGCUUUCAGACUUCCCCCUGCUGUCUACUUUACAAGGUGUAGGAGAAUCCUUCAAGAGAUCUUCAUUUAUCAGGUGUCACCAACAUAGUGCCCACCAGGUGUUUUUAGGAGUGGAUGUGGCCAGAUAAGGCUUUUGCUCGACAAGGCUUCUGAUUCACUAUUGAACAUUUGAUUGGCUAUGCAGCUUUUUAAAAAUGUUGAUUUGGCAGCAGCUGCUACCGCAGCACAAAGAUCUAUCCUGUAUUACUGAAGUUAACCUGUGGCAAUCAUUUGGCGGCUGGCUCCACAUCAUGUGGUUGCCAUUUUGUUUCUGUGCCCACCUUGUCAGAAUUCCUAAUAUGCCCAUAGGCUCCAAUAGGUUGGGAACCCUGGCAUAAUACAAGGGCAUGCACUUUUUUCCUUGAACCAUCAUACAAUAAAUCCAUAGGAAAUUACGGGAGACCAACAGAAGUCCCUAACAUUGUAUGAUCUUGUAGUCUUUAAAGACUAGCAAUUUCUAGCACUUACCGUACAUUUAUUUAUUUUAAGCAUUU